AUGUGUUCACUUCUCCUAGUAUCAUCGCGCCAAUGUCGUAGAAUUCUUACCGGCGUCAUCUCUAUAUGUAUUAUUAUAUUUUUAUACGCAUGUGCCAAUCGUAUUAAUAACAACCAAGCGUUUGUUCUCACUUACUAUUCUUUAACGAAUGGAAAUCGCAAUGACCUCAAUCUUGGAUUCAGUGAUUUCUAUAUCGAAGAGGAAAAACUUCGAGAAAAACAAUUGGAGUAUGAAUACGAUCUGACAUGUACCAUAAUUCAUUGGAAUAGAUUGAAUGGCGUACAAAAAACUGUUAAAUUCGCUCUUCGCACACGUUUGUUCAAAGAAAUUCUCGUAUGGAACAACAAUCCGAAUGUGAAGCUCUCGAUUUCUGAUCUUGAUGCAUCAAAUCAUUCUACUAAAACUAUUCGUAUAAUAAAUUCCAAGGUAAAUCUCAAAGACGAAGCGAAAUAUCGUGUUUGCGCCGAAGCGAAAACGCGUGCUUGUUUCUACGUAGACGAUGACUGGGACAUAUCUCAUUACACGAAAAGUCUCAUCGCUAGUUACCGAUCUGAUCCGAAUGUCUUACAUUCUGUGACAGAACCGUAUACUUACUAUACGAAUCUGAUAUGGAGUUAUUUUGAUACGAACAUAGAUUUACACGCUGGAUUUUCGUGGAUCGGUUGUGGAAGUAUAUUUCUACGUGAGCAUGCCCAACGACAUGUAGAACUUCUCCACCAAUUUCUUUCAAAUCAGACUGAGUUGAUUCAAUUAGGUGAUGCGUUUUUUUCAAUUUGGCUUAACGACAUUCCGAUUCAGAUGAAUACCGAAAUUGUACAACAAACUUUUCCAUCUGCUGAUAAAUCAAUUCCAUUCUCUUCGACACCAAACUUUCUAGCUCUUCAAUACCAAAGUUCUGUUACUGCUAUUCGUAUUCUCGAACAUUCUCUACGUUCAGCAAGAUUAAACAAUAGAAGUAUUCUAUUUCCACGUCAACAAAAGGGCCGCUUUCCGUACUAUGUAAAAUCUCCAAGUCCAGUCGAUGAUUUCAUCUUUUAUAGUAACAUCCUUCCGUAUAAUUUACAUAAUAUAACAUUUAACAUCACACGUGAUUUUGAACGAGGAACACGUAAAAACUUGGCCCAUGGAUCUCAGGUUCAGUACUUCACAUCACAUAGCACGUUAAUGGCGGUCGACCGUGAUCCGACUACAUGUUGGCAUUCGACACGAACGAUUCGUUCAGAUGAUUUCUAUGCGAUUGAUUUCUUAUACAUUCAAACAAAUAUUACAUUUCUACUGUACGUUAAUCAUAAGACAGAGUUACAGAAGAAUCUAGAUGUAAGUAUUUCAACGAAUGGUCUUUGGUGGCUAUCUUAUCGAUCAUACAAUGGUAUUUAUACUAAGAUGACAAAUCACCGAAGUGGUCAACAAGUGUACACAAUAUUAUUUAGUGCUAGUCAAUUCAAUCCGGGAUUUCAAUCGUUUCGUUAUAUAAAAUUUCAGACAUCAGUUGAAUCUAAUGAUCGUUUCCAGUUAGAACGUUGGAAAACAUUUGGAAAGAAUAUCUUUGUGGUCUGCAUUCGAUCCUCGCACUGGCUCACUGUUCGUUGCACCACAAAAACACUUCUGAACGAUCUGAAGACGUCAACUGCCACCCAUCACCAAGGUACAAACAUCGUGAAACAUGCAUGUGCUAUUUCAAUGGAUAAUAACUUGUAUUCAGUGCGAUGGUUAUCAUCCGACUCUCAUCGUCAUCAUCAUCAAACAGUCAAUGUUAGAUUACAAAACUUACUUGAUCAAUAUCAAGAUCACUCGCAUAUAAAUCUGUCUGGGGAAGAUUUAACUGACGACGAUAUGAAAACUAUUGUUGAUGAAAUUAUUGUUAAAAAGCAAUGUAAACAACUCUUACUCGAAUCAAAUCGAAUCACAUCGAAAGGUUUGACAAUUCUAGCUCAAGGAUUGCAUAACAACCAAUCAUUGAACUACCUUGAUCUUUCGCACAAUCAAAUAUCGGAUGCUGGUCUAUAUGCUUUGGUUGAUAGUUUAACAACGAACAAUCAAGUAUUGAAAAAGCUUGGCCUAACAAAGAACGAAAUAACCGAUCAUGGUAUGAAAUAUCUGGCAGAAUUGAUCAAAACAAAUCGCACAUUGACACAACUUGAUCUUUGUUCCAAUCAGAUAAGUGAUGACGGGAUUCGAUUGUUAGCUGAUGCAGUUCGACAUCAUCGGUCAACAAUUGAAAUACUGUGGCUUAUGAGUAAUCCAUUGAUUACAGAUGACAGCAUCGAUUCGAUGAUUCAAAUGAUCAAACAUAGCCAAUCGUUGAGACAACUAUGGAUAUUUAAAUGUGGUUUGUCAGAAUUAGGCAAAGAGAAACUCAAACGACUGGAACAGACAAAAAUACAUUUGAAAAUCUAUGUAAAUAACUGGAAAAGUUGA